ACUAAUAUAAUUAUAUUCUGUACACUCGAACCAGCACAGAAUCAAGUCAUGCUGCUGUUGCUGAUGUUAGCGUUGUUCUCACUGGUCCACUCGGCUCCUAUCAUUAACACGUCCCUGCCUCUGGACUGUGAAGAUGUUUACAAUUUCAAGAUAAGCGUAAUGAAGAAUGCCUCAGUUCCCAAUGGAGUGUACACCAUUUACCCAGGAGGGUCUAAUAAACCUCUGAAGGUGUACUGUGAUAUGGGCUGCCAGGAAGAUGGUAGCCACCAGGAUGAGAAGUGGACAGUGAUUCAGAGGAGAAUCAAUGGCAGUGUGAGUUUCUAUCGGCCAUGGGCGCAGUAUAAGGAAGGGUUUGGUGAUCCUGCUGGUGAAUACUGGCUAGGACUGGAGAACAUGUACAUGAUGACCAACAUGGAGCGGUAUCAGCUGAGAGUGGAUAUGAUGGAUUUUGAGAAAGGCAGUGCCUACACCCAGUACACUACAUUCACUGUCAACCAAGAGUCCACUAACUACAUGUUAAAUAUCGGAGGCUACAUCAAUGGAGGAGCAGGUGAUUCUUUGUCCUAUGUGAAUGGAAGAGGUUUUUCAACCUUUGACAAAGAUCCAACAGGAAAUUGUGCAGAGACUUAUGGUGGAGGAUUCUGGUACAACUGGGGGUACUACUGGUGGUACUGGUCACCAUGCCUAUACGGUAACCCCAAUGGCCAGUACAAAUACGGGAAUGUGGGCACACCAUACGUAGGGAUCACAUGGCAGACCUGGAAAGGUAACUACUACUCUAUGAAGACCAUUGUGAUGAAGAUCAGACGGAUGAGUCUGGAAGAUCUCACAAACAAAUAGCUUUCCAGAUAUAGAGAGUAAAGAUAUAGAGAAUGGAGAGAAAGUCUAAUAUCUCUGAAUGCUAAUGGUGACAGAUUUUCACUAAAAAGGCAAGAUCAGCUUAUCCAUUAUAUACUCUUAUCUUAUAUAAUCUCUAAUAUUUGGGUUUAUCCUGUGGUACAUUCCUCUGUAAUGUCCUUCAUUCUCUGCUGUAUUAGUUUCCUUAAUUAAUGAAAUAGGUAGAGGAUUCCACAUAUUUUAGUUUAAAUAAAAUGUUCUUUGUUCUUAAAAAAUCUUGCUUCCUUUGUACCUCUAAUAAUGAAU